AUGGAGUACCAGCUGCACGCGAGCACCCCGCAGGCGGCGGGCGGGGUCCGCACCAUCUGCGUGCAUGGCCUGCCGAACGACGUGCGUCUGCGAGAGCUCCGCAACCUCGCCGUGCUCCUCCCGGGGUACGAGUCAUGCCACCUCGCGCCCGGCGACGGACGGCGCCUCGUCACCGGCUUUGUGCGCUUCGACUCGCCCACGUCGGCCGCCCACGCCUGCGAGCGGCUGCAGGGGCUGCAAUUCGACGAGGAGAUGCCGCACAUGCGGCCCCUCGCCGUCGAGAUCGCGCGCCGCGACCUCGACGACGACCGCGGCGGCUCGUCGCGGCGCGACGCGGCGCCCGCGUACGCGGCCUUCACCUCGUACGCCGCCCGGUCGAGGGGCAGCGACGACACGCUCUGCCUGAGGCGGCUGCCGGAGUGGGUCGGCGAGGACAGCCUGGCGGGCCUGGUGAGCAAUCUGCCCGGCUACCGCCACCUCAAGCUCCUCCCCACCAACGGGACGAAGACGCUGUUUGUGCUCUUUGAGAGCGCGAGCCUCGCAGCCGCCGGGCUCGAGGCGCUGCGGGGCAGGGAGGUCUGCGGCUCCGGCGGGCAGCCGCAUAGGGUCGAGGUGGAGAUCGCGCGCCGGUCGCUGCAGCUCUCCCCGCCACGCGACUAG